GCGAUCUCUUCCUUGAAAAUGAGUUCUGCCGUGCACACCAGCGAUGAAAUCCCGUUCGAUGUCACACCUUUGACGGAGCUUCUUGCUGGAAAAGAUCUGCUGACUGACCUGAAGUUUUCUGGGAGCUUAUUGACGUCGAAAUCCGCCUACAACAGCUUUGUUCUCGUUUGGAUUCGCUUUAGCGCUACGCGAUUGGGCAGGGAGGACGAGCGACAUGAUUUGCCGAGGAUCUUCCUGGAUGGAAACCUCUUGAACCCAUCGCACCACCCGAACUCAGAGAUCUACAAGGUCCAGGUUGAAGAGCUUCUUACCAAUCAGGACUUUAUACACUUUGCGGAAAAGCAUAUCCUGCAGGCCCUCCCCAAGUUGUUAGCACGGUACAAAAACGGCAAGCCGGUCCCCCGUCACUUUGCGGGAGAUCAAGCGGUCGAAUGGGCUUCAACUGCCAAGACUGCUGGAUUGACACGGCAGCAGAGCAACGAGGCAGUUGCUACGGAGAUGACUGCGGAACAGUUCUCUCAAGACCGUACCCGGACAUCCCAAGCGAGUUCGUCUGCGCGCUCCUUCUCUGGCCGGUCAAGCAUUCUCAGCUUGGUGACAGACAUCAGGCUGAGGUCUCGCCGGAAUGCUCGAUCCAUUGGCACGGUUCCUACGACCUCCGCUUCAUCGCGUGGUUGAACGUGUAUAGCGCACCUGAUUGUAUUCAAAUGAUCGAUUGUACUCCUUGUGAAAAGCAC